AAAAAUAUAUAUUUUAUUGUUCCCUGGUCGUCGUUCUUGAAUAAGUGUUUGUGAAUCUGUGUUUACAAAUUGCAACGGGCCUUUCGUCGCUGAACAGUGGUUAACGGUUUGGGUAGUGCCGGUUCCGUUUAUUAUUCACUUAAAAUACAUGAUUGUGUUUACAGCAACGGCAUGAUUCUGGUUUAUUAGGAUCUUAAUAACUUACAGAAGCAAGCGGCUUGGCGCGGCGUAGCGGGCGGGCCGCGCCAUGGGUAAUAAGUGCUGCAGCCGCCGCCAUGACCCCGACAGGCCUUUGGUGUACCCAGCGUACAAGAAGAAUGAAGCCGCGUUCACCGCGUGCCCGUCGUUGGAGACCCGGUACACGGGCGAGCCUAACAACCGCGUGCGAACCAAUCACAACGUGGACUUCGUGCGAGCACGCAACCCUGGCAAAUGCAUAUCGAACGGCGGUCGUCGUGUUGUUAAAGCGCUAUGCGCCUACACAGCGCGAGCAGACUCGGAUAUCUCGUUCCGCAAAGGUGACAAGAUGGAAGUGCUCAACGAUUCCGAACCGGACUGGUGGCGCGUCUUACAUCUUACUACCAGGAGAGAAGGACUUGUGCCGGUUAAUUUCGUCGCCGAAGAAAGUUCUGUCGAGUGUGAAGAGCCGACGUCAUGUUGCAGCUGGUUCUUUCCGCACGUAUCAAGAAAAGAAGCGGAUAAACUCCUCCUGGCUGAAAUCAACCCUAGAGGGACCUUCCUAGUCCGGCCUGCGGAACACAACCCCCACGGCUUCAGUCUUAGUGUUAAGGAUUGGGAGGAGGGCAGGGGGUACCACGUAAAGCAUUACAAAAUCAAACCGCUCGACAACGGGGGAUUUUACAUCGCGACCAACCAGACCUUCCCUAGUUUACCUGCCCUUGUUAUGUCUUAUACGAAGAACGCGCUAGGUCUUUGCCACGUGCUAGCGCGGCCGUGCCCCAAGCCCGAACCGCAGAUGUGGGACCUCGGCCCCGAGCUCCGGGACAAGUGGGAGAUCCCCCGGAAUGAGAUUCAGCUCAUAAAGAAACUCGGCCAGGGAAACUUCGGAGAAGUUUAUUACGGGAAGUGGAGAAAUACGAUUGAGGUGGCAGUGAAAACACUCCGCGAAGGCACGAUGUCAACAGCGGCGUUCCUGCAAGAGGCAGCUAUCAUGAAACAGUUUCGGCACAAACGGCUGGUCGCUCUAUACGCCGUCUGUUCGCAUCAAGAGCCCGUCUACAUAGUCCAGGAGUACAUGAGCAAGGGAUCUCUGCUCGACUUCCUGAGAAACGGAGAGGGCAAGUUCCUCCAGUUCGAGGACCUAGUAUACAUCGCCGCGCAAGUCGCCUCCGGAAUGGAGUACCUCGAGUCUAAACUCCUCAUCCACCGCGACCUCGCAGCAAGAAACGUUCUAAUCGGUGAAAACAAUAUAGCCAAAAUAUGUGACUUUGGACUCGCGCGGGUGAUCGAAGACAAUGAAUACUGCCCCAAACAGGGCUCGCGGUUCCCAGUUAAAUGGACCGCGCCCGAAGCAAUCAUUUACGGGAGAUUCUCGAUAAAAAGUGACGUUUGGUCGUAUGGUAUCUUGUUAAUGGAGUUGUUCACGUACGGGCAGAUCCCAUAUCCCGGUUUACACGGCAAGGAAGUAAUAGAACAAGUGGAGAGAGGGUAUCGAAUGCCUAAACCGGUGGGACAUUAUCUACCGGACGAUAUCUACAGACUGAUGCUGCAGUGUUGGGACGCGAUACCGGAAAAGAGGCCAACGUUCGAGUUCCUUAAUCACUAUUUCGAGUCGUUCACAGUGACCAGUGAGAUACCGUACAGAGAAGUGCAAGACUAGUGCUGUGAUAUAGUGACAUAGUGUGUGUGAGACGAUUGUGUAAGGUCCUCUUAGCGAAUGAAACGAAUUAGCGAGUGUGUGGAUACACCACAGCCUUAAAGAUAAGAACAAGUCACUACAAAAAUUACACUUAAAAAAAGGCUGAUUCACAUACAUGCUGUCAUUGAAAUUUUUUAGUAUUUUUAUACUCGAAAAAGCAACUAAAAGAAUACAGGAAAGUGUGAGCUUGUCAUUUUUAUUGAACAUCGGCUUUUUCACUUCUGUUUCGUGGUUCUUACUUCUAAUUAGAAUUUUAAAAGGCUCACUGCCUAAAUAAGUAUGGGAAUACGCAUAUAUAAGUCCAUGUAAUCAGGUACUCUAUUUUCCAUUUUACUUAUUU